CUCAGGUUUAAUGUGAGGGCUCGAGGAUAUGUUAGUGCUGGGACCCUGUUGUGCCUUGGAUUACCCAAGUCACACUUCAUGUUGCUUGGGGGGGCACCAUGCUGUACCUCAUGAUGCUAAGGAUGGCUUCACAUGGUGAUGAGCAUUGAACUGGGGUCUGAUGCAUAAUGAUGAGUGCACCCUAACACCUAUACUAUUUCUCUGAUCCUAGGCAUUGGAUGUUUUUUGGCUCUUACCAGUUUUGUUUGUGACUUUAAGCUCCAUGAGAACUGGAAUAGUGUUCACCAUUGUAUCUAAAAGCAUAUGCAGAAAAGAAGUGUAGGAGACAAAAGUAUUGAUUACAGAAGGCUGAUGUCAUCCUGAUGAUAAAGUAGGAAAUGAGCCGUCAAACUGCCACAGCAUUACCUACUGGAACUUCGAAGUGUACACCAUCCCAGAGGGUGCCUGCUCUGACUGGCACAACUGCAUCCAACAAUGACUUGGCGAGUCUUUUUGAGUGUCCAGUCUGCUUUGACUAUGUGUUACCACCCAUUCUUCAGUGUCAGAGUGGCCAUCUUGUUUGUAGCAACUGUCGCCCAAAGCUCACAUGUUGUCCAACUUGCCGGGGCCCGUUGGGAUCCAUUCGCAACUUGGCUAUGGAGAAAGUGGCCAAUUCAGUACUUUUCCCUUGUAAAUAUGCCUCUUCUGGAUGUGAAAUAACUCUGCCACACACAGAAAAAGCAGACCAUGAAGAGCUCUGUGAGUUUAGGCCUUAUUCCUGUCCGUGCCCUGGUGCUUCCUGUAAAUGGCAAGGCUCUUUGGAUGCUGUAAUGCCCCAUCUGAUGCAUCAGCAUAAGUCCAUUACAACCCUUCAGGGAGAGGAUAUAGUUUUUCUUGCUACAGACAUUAAUCUUCCUGGUGCUGUUGACUGGGUGAUGAUGCAGUCCUGUUUUGGCUUUCACUUCAUGUUAGUUUUGGAGAAACAGGAAAAAUAUGAUGGUCACCAGCAGUUCUUUGCGAUUGUACAGCUGAUAGGAACACGCAAACAAGCGGAAAAUUUUGCUUAUCGACUUGAGCUAAAUGGUCAUAGGCGGCGAUUGACUUGGGAAGCGACUCCUCGAUCUAUUCAUGAGGGAAUUGCAACAGCCAUUAUGAAUAGUGACUGCCUAGUCUUUGAUACCAGCAUUGCACAGCUUUUCGCAGAAAAUGGCAAUUUAGGCAUCAAUGUAACUAUUUCCAUGUGUUGAAAUGGCAAUCAAACAUUUUCUGGCCAUGUUUAAAACUUGAUGCAUUCAAUUUUACAGAGGCACCCAUUUACCUGCCAACCUGAAUUUUGGUAGGUAAAAGUUACCCGAAGGCAAAUAAAAGAAAAGGCUGUUAAAUACAGGAAACAGUUGCAUGUAGUAACACUAAUAUAUUUAAAAAUAAGUCAACAGUAAACCACUGAAAAAUAUAUAUAUAUAUACACCCACGAUGGGCAUCUUUUGUAUUAAGAAAGAGGAAGCAUUGUAAAAUAA